AUGCCGACGUCGGGGUCAGAGCCGUCAGAGGCUAAAGCGAUAACGACGACGACGCUGACAACGGAAACCCACCACCUCACCCCCCUCGAGCCGCUGAACCCCGACCUCCAUGAGCGAGCAUGGUGCUCGACGCCGCACCCGACACUCCCCCUGCUAGCCACGGCGCACGGCAAGUCCGUCACCGUCUUCUCCCUGUCGACACUGUCGAGCCACAGCUCCCUGACGGGCGGCCACACGCGAUCGGUGCGGUGCGCGGCAUGGAAACCCAACCUCGGUCCGAACAAGCUGUGCCUGGUGACAGGGAGCUUUGACUCCACAGCCGGGAUGUGGCGGUGGGAGGACCACAGCGACGUGGCGAGGGAGAAGGAGAUCACGGCUGACGGAUCGGACUCGGAAAGCAAUGCUGGCGGCGCCGUUGACUGGGAGUUUACUCUGGUUCUCGAGGGCCAUGACUCAGAGAUCAAGUCAUGCGCCUUCAGCCCGUCAGGCGGCCAUCUGGCGACAUGCUCUCGCGACAAGUCGGUCUGGGUGUGGGAGGAUAUUGGGGCAUCCGAAGCCGACGACGAGUGGGAGACGAUCGCCGUCCUCAACGAGCACGAGGCUGACGUCAAGGCUCUGGCGUGGUGUCCCGACGUUCCCGGGCGGUCCCGCCGCGGUACGUACGGCGUCGAUGUCCUCGCGAGCGCCAGCUAUGACGACACGGUGCGCGUGUGGCGUGAGGACUCCGACGCGGAGUGGGUGUGCGUCGCCGUGCUUGAGGGUCACGCCGGUACAGUCUGGGGCAUUGAGUGGGAACGUCGUCCCAGGGCUGGAGACAAGUUCCCCCGCCUGCUGAGUUUCUCGGCCGACAGCACCAUUCGCCUGUGGACGCUCGACCAGUCAACCGACGAAGACUCCAACGACGCCGAUGGCGGUGCUAAGCCUGCCCUGGGCGGCAUCCCCAACACCAUGCGCCGCUCCCUCAGGGAAGACUGGACAUGCACUGCCACCCUGCCCAAGGUGCACUCAUCAGACGUAUACGCCGCAGCAUGGAGUCCAGAGACGGGUCUCGUGGCCAGCACGGGCAGCGACGGCCUUCUAGUCUUGUAUCAGGAGGACGUCGUGACUGGAGAAUGGUCCAUCCUUGAGGUCCGACACAAUGCCCACGGUCCGUAUGAGGUCAACCAUGCGGCCUGGUGCAAGAGGUGGGACGAUGGCGUGGCAGCUGACAGGAGAGGCGUAGAGGAGAUGCUGGUCACCACGGGGGACGACGGUCUCGUCAGGCCCUGGCAACUCGUGGUGGUCCCAUCCAGCACAUCGUAG